AUGGAACGGCUACUAUCAAAACCUGAGACGGCGGCUACGAGAAAGCUCAUCGUUUGGAAGGAACUCUAUGCAACUGUGCCCGUUGAAAAGCAGAAAUGCUUCAAAUUUUGGCAAAAAGACAAAAAGAACAUGACCGGAACGAAAGCAGUACUCCAAAAUGUUUCUGGAUUUGCAUUACCGGGUGAAAUUUUGGCCAUCAUGGGCGGCUCUGGUGCCGGAAAAACAACUCUACUCAAUAUUCUCACGAACAAUAAACAAGAAGGAGUCAGGCAAUCUGGCAUGGUUCUUGUGAAUGGUGAUGAAGUGGAUGAAACAACUCUGCGACGAAUGGCCACCUUUGUACAACAAGUGGACGUAUUUUGUGGCACUUUGACGGUGAAAGAACAAUUGCUUUUCUCGGCAAGUCUUCGGAUGGAAAGAGGAUAUACAAGAGCUCAACGGCGUCAACGAGUUGAAGAGGUCAUCACUGAGAUGAAUUUGGUUGAUUGCCAAACAACAUUGAUUGGGAUCCCAAACCGAACCAAAGGAAUUUCUGUUGGUGAAAAGAAGCGUUUAGCGUUUGCAUGUGAGGUGCUCACUGAUCCUUCAAUUCUUUUCUGUGAUGAGCCAACAAGUGGUCUUGACUCGUUCAUGGCACAACAAGUUGUUACUUGUCUUCUUCGCUUGGCCGCUCAAGGGAAAACUAUUGUCACUGCCAUUCAUCAACCGUCAGCUGAAGUCUUUCAAAUGUUUCACAAAGUAUGUUUUAUGGCUAAUGGUCGAUCCGCGUUUCAUGGACGAGCCUCUGAAAUUUUAUCCUUUUUGGAAGCAAUCAAUGACGAUCAUAUUGAGGUUCCGUUUGAUUGCGCUCCAGCCGACCACAUGAUUAAACUACUCUCAGUGGAACCGGAAACCCAGGAAUAUGAUUGUCGACGGAUUGAACGAAUCGUUGAAGCAUUUGAAAGAAGUGACCAGGGCGAGUUUUUGCAGCGAGUCGUGCACGGGGAUUUGAGUGGCAGUGUGCGUAGUCUGCAAGAAAGUGGAAACCGUGAAUUGCAGAAGAUCCCUUGUUAUGCAGCGUCGUAUUUUUCUCAAUUCUGGGCUCUUCUCAAGCGAUCAUUUCUUGCAUCUAUUCGUGAUCCACUACUCGUCAAAGUAAAACUCUUUCAAACAAUUAUUACCGCUGUAGUGAUUGGCCUAGUCAACUUGCAAGUGCAAAUAACUGGGGAUACCAUUCAAAACAUCGAAGGAGUACUCUACAAUACAAUUCGUGAUAUGAACUACCUCUUCCUUUACCCUGCUAUUAAUGUGAUCACCGCUGAGUUGCCUCUUUUCUUAAGAGAACACAGAGCACAAAUUUACUCCGCUGACAGCUAUUACUGGGCAAAAUCUGUCGCUGAGUUGCCACAAUACACAAUUCUGCCAAUUAUCUACGCUUUAAUCGUUUAUUGGAUGACAGGUCUCUAUGCGAGUGCUGGUGUGUUCUUCAAAUAUCUUUUUGUGUGUAUUCUCCAAGCAUACGUGGCAGUUUCAAUAGCGAUGUUUGGCGCUUGUGUAUUUGGUGAAGAGGGAGCUGCAAUUACUUUUAUGCCCCUUUAUGUGCUACCGAUGCGAAUCUUUGGUGGCUUCUAUAUCAACUAUGACGAUGUGCCACCAUACUUUCAGUGGGCUACAUUUCUUUCAUGGUUCCGCUUUGGUUUUGAGGCACUAGAGAAUAACCAAUGGUUGGCGCAUGGGACUAUUGAAAACUGUACCGCCCCUUGUCCAGCGAAGAAUGGCGCAGAAGUGAUGCUGAAUCGCGAUAUGAAGCCCGUAGGAUGGCACUUUUGGAUAGAUAGCGGAAUACUCGUGGCAAUGUUUUUGAUUGGACGUAUCUUUGGAUUAAUAGCGUUAAAAUUACGGACUCGAUUUGCGAAA